UUUUUGAGUGUUUUUUUUUUUUUAUUUUUUUUGCCUGCGCAGUUUGGUGCUCUCACGUGUUUGCGCCGACUGCGACGUCGACCGCAGAGCUUCGCAUUGCCGUUUGAUAAAUGCAAAGAUAUUCCCAUGCGGCCGUUUAGUACAUUUUCUACUGCUUAUUUUGUGUGCCGCCUACUGUUACAUUUCCUACAGCUACUGCUGUUGCUGCUAUUACUCUUGCUACUGCAGAAGCGGCCAUGUAGCAGUUACAGUGGGCCAUCCAUUUAUUUGGGCUCUGCCGCUGCCGUCGUCGACAUCUCCAUUUCGGCGUCGUUUGCUGUGAUAAGCUCAGCUGCAGACUUCGGACGCUGCCAUCAUCACAUACAGAGAGAAAAAUAGAGAGUGAGAGCUGCAGCCACUCGCCUAAAUGUCUGACGAAGUGCCUUUGGGACGUUUAUCGCAAAUUUUUGAUACACUAACCAACUUACAACAACAACAACAGCAACAACAUCAGCAGCAGCAGCAGCAACAACAACAGCAGCAGCAGCAGCAGUUGCAUCUGCAGCAGCAGGCAGCAGUAGCGGAGCAGCUGCGUCGACGCUCUGCCUCGUCGUCGCCCUCGCCGUCGGCUAGCGCCUCGGCGUCCUCAUCGGGCCGUGCCACGCCCGCCGCCGCUCUGGGCGUGGCCGCGACACAGACAUUGUAUUACACACACACGCACAACUAUUUUCUGCGGCCGCAAGAUGGCGCUAGCUACUUGCAUACGUUCCCCGCCACAGCCGCCGCGCAGCAUUCGUCGCACUUCUAUCAGCAGCAUCAACAGAUGCAGCAUCAACAGCAGCUGCAACUGCAGCAUCAGUUGCAGCAGCCGCCUUCGCUGCCCGGCCGACUAUCGGGCUCUGGCUCCGGCUCGGCGUCCGGUUCUGCCUCCGGCUCCGGCACGCAGUCGCUGCACGCCUCACCGCUGCUGGCCAAGCGUGCCACCUCGUUUAGCGGCCAGAUGCCGCUGACGCGUGCCGCCCAGCUGCACGAAGCACGUCUGGUGGCCGCCUCGACGCCCAACAGUCCGCGGCUAAUGCCGCGACGCGCGCCACGCCCGCCGCCCAUACCGGCCAAGCCGGCCAAAGAGCUAAAUGCCUCGAGCGGUGCAGCCAACGUGCCUACGCAUUCACUGAAUCCUGUGCUCGCUGCUUUGGAUGCACCCGACGCGCCUUGGCCGCACUUCUCGUCACUCACCGAGCACCUGGACGUGCAUCAGCUGAACAACUAUGGCCAGGCAUUGCCCGAAAUCAACUGGCAGGAGCGCUGCUUGGAGCUGCAAUUGGAGCUGCAUCGAUCCAAGAAUCAGGCGGGUCGCAUUCGGGAUAUGCUGCGAGAAAAGUUAACGGAGCUGGAACAACGCGUCAUCGAAGCGGAAGAACGCGCCGAGGAAGCUGAAGAUAAGGUGCGUGCUAUGGAGCAGCGGCUCAGUGAAUGGCCAAAGCCCCAAGCACAACAGCAACAGCAGCAGCAACAGCAGCAGCAACAACAACAGCAGGGCACAGCAAAUAGCUCGCCCAUACAUCAGCAGCAACAGGCAAUUGCCGCAGCAGCUUUGGCCGCUGCCUGCCAGCAGAGCGUCACAGGCACAACAGGCGUGGCCGUAGGUGUUGGCGUGGGUGUGGGUGUGGGUGUAUGCCUGCCCAACAACGAGGCGGAGAAGACAAUUAACUCAUUGGAAAUACAGGUCGAGGAGCAACGUCAGUUGCGCCUGCACGACGCACGCCAGAUCGAGGCCAAGGCCGCCAAGAUCAAGGAGUGGGUGAACAAUAAGUUGCGCGAUCUCGAGGAGCAAAAUCAGUUGCUGCGCGAGCAGAACAUCAAAUGCAACCAGCAACUGGAGUUGCUCAAGAAUCACAUAGCCAACCAAUCGCAGCGACACAGCAUAGUCGGGCCGGUAAGGAAUAGCCUGAGCCUGGAUGUGCAGGACUUUGCCAGCACACCGGAAACGCGACGACGCAGCGAAAGCCUCGAUCCACAGGAGAUCAUAAGCCGACCAUUGACCAGCUCCUAUCCGCAUCAUCAGCAUCGACGCAACCUCUCAAUGGAGCCGCAGGAACUGGAACGCAAUCUUGUCGCGGCCGUUGAUGGGCUCACCCUGGCGCCGCUUUCGAGCAUCUCCAGCAAGGCGGCUCAGUCGACAACGGCAAGCACGCGACCCGACAGCUCCGACACGGACACGGCGCACGACUAUGCCGAAAUCUAUACGCCAUCGUGCGAGAAGCUACCCGCCUGGAUGAAGAACAAUCCGGCGCUGAUGGCCAGCGGCGGCAACUCCAGCACUACAACGACUACGACCAGUGAAUUGGGCGUGCCCAGGCCGCCGACACCGCCGCUGCAUCGCUUUCCCAGCUGGGAGGCGAAGAUCUAUCAGGUGGCCAACGAUGGACUCGCUGGCACCAGUACCGCCGAGAGCAAUGCCAGCAAUGAGCCGACGCCGGAUGUGCAGGAGCACAGCCUGACCCUCUCGAACGGACGUGGAGCCACGCGGCAUGGCCACGAUGCGAAUGGCACGCUGGGCAGCAGCGGCACACCGGGCACACCCCAGCCACCGACGCGACAGCAACAAACCGCCAGCGGCGGCUUCUGUGAUAUAUCCGUGCCCGUUUAUGCCACGGUUAAGGGGCGUGCCUCACAAAUACGUUCGAUGCCCUUCACGGGUGAUUCGAGCGACGAUUCCAGCGAUGGCGAGGAUCAUGCCGUCAUGCUAACACACAACUCGCACAACUCAUCCAGCACGGACAACACGGAGACCUCCACAUCUGGCAGCGCAUCGAGUCCCUCGAAGAGCCUGAAGACCUCCUCCAGCCUGAGUCCUGCCAAGCGCAGCGGCUCCGAGAGCCCCAAAAAUGCCAAGGCGCGCGUCCACACACGUUUAACCACACAACACCAGUCACAGCAACAGCAACGGCAACAGCAACAGCAACAACACCAAUAUCUGCAUCAUCACACGCUGCCACACCCACAGGCGCCGGCAUUGGCGCCCGUGCACAAUAUACAGAGCACGCUGCCACGCCUACAUACGCCCACAACUGGCGCGCAGCUGACGCAACUGCGCGUGAGCCCUCACAUGCGUGGCACAGUAAUUUCAGAUCUUUCCUUUGAAUCAGGCCUCUCCGACGACUAUGCCCUGCCCCCCGAUGCUGUCUCCGAAUCGACGUGCAUGGACGCCUCGAUGCCGUCGCUAUUGAUGCGUCAAUCCUACGUGGACUCGCCGAGCAAGAAGCUCGAAUCGCUGGAGAAAAUGGGUCAUCUGGCCAAGCUGGGUGGCAAAUUGAAGACCUGGCGCAAGCGUUGGUUCGUCCUGAAGAACGGAACCCUCAACUACUGGAAGAGUCAGCACGAUGUGCAGCGCAAGCCGCAGGGGCAGAUCCAGCUGGACGAGGCCUGUCGCAUUAGCCGGGCUGAGGGCGCCUCCACGUUUGAGAUCGAUACGGGCAAGAAGGUCUACUAUCUGACCGCCGACUCGCAUGCCACCAUGGACGACUGGAUACGCGUGCUGCAGAACGUGCAACGUCGCAAUGCCACAAAGCUGCUGCUCAGCCGGGACGAUCAGAAGCCCACGGUGCAGGGCUGGGUGACCAAGGUGAAGAACGGCCAUGCCAAGAAGUGCUGGUGCGUGCUGCUGGGCAAGAUGUUCCUUUACUUCAAGGCACCCGCUGAGACGAAUCCUCUGGGUCAAAUAAAUAUGCGCGACGCGCGCGUGGAGGAAGUCGAGCAUGUGUCCGACUCCGAUUCGGAGGAGCGCGAAGAUGCCGCCCAGGAUCAGGCACGUCUUACCGUUGCUAUCUACCCGGCCCAUCAGGGCCCCACGUAUUUGAUUCUGUCCGGCAAGCCGGAGCGCGACAAUUGGCUAUAUCAUCUGACCGUCGUCUCGGGCGGCGGACCCAGCGCGGGCACACAGUACGAGCAGCUGGUGCAGAAGCUCAUGGAAACCGAUGGUGAUCCAAACUGCGUGCUCUGGCGUCAUCCCAUAUUGCUGCACACCAAAGAUACGAUCACAGCUCCCCUAUCCUCCAUGCACACGGAGACCAUGCAGCCGGAGGCUAUAAAGCUAUUCAAGAGCAUUCAGCUGUUUAUGUCUGUGGCCGUCAAUCAGCCGGGCAUCGAUUAUCAUGUGGUGCUCGCCCAAAAUGCGCUGCAACAUUGCCUGGAUAUGCCGGAGCUACAGACCGAAAUGAUCUGCAUUUUGAUAAAGCAAACCUCCCGACAUAUGGGCCAGAAACUAAGUGUCGGUGUCCAGGUAAACAAGAAACUGGGCAAGCAAACGCGCCAACUACUAUUGUGCGCCACCCAAAGCCUGUUCACCUGUGAUACCCAACAGGCUGGCCAGGCUCAGGCCAACGGCAGUUCGCCCACAUCGAUACAGGCGCCUGUUUCGACGCCCAUCAUCGACUGCAAGUCAAAUCCGCCCGCCUACAGCUUUGUUCAGGGCUGGCAGCUGCUCGCCUUGGCCGUCUCCUUGUUUGUGCCCAAGUCCAGUCGCCUGCUGUGGUAUCUCAAGCUGCACUUGUCCCGCAAUGCGGACACCAAAACGGAAACGGGCAAAUACGCGGCCUACUGUGAGCGGGCACUGGAACGGACCCUGAAGAAUGGAGGACGCGAGACUAAGCCAUCGCGCAUGGAGGUCCUAUCCAUAUUGCUGAAGAACCCAUAUCAUCACUCCCUGCCGCACGCCAUACCCGUACACAUGAUGAACACCACGUAUCAGGUGGUUUCUUUUGACGGCUCCACCACCAUCGAGGAAUUCCAAACCACUCUGGCCCAGGAGCUGGGCACCCGCGAUGCCAACAAUGGCUUCUGUCUAUUCAGCGAUGACCCCAUUGAAAAGGAUCUGGAGCACUAUCUGGAGCCGCUGGCCAAGCUGUGCGAUGUGAUCAGCAAGUGGGAGACGGCGCUGCGUGAGAAGGGCUCAGGAAAGUUCGAGAACUCUCGCGUCAUCCAGCUGAGCUACAAGAACCGGCUCUACUGGAAGCACACCAUAAAGUGCGAGACGGACAAGGAGCGGCUGCUGCUGUGCUACCAAACCAAUGCACAGAUCGUGCAGGGCCGCUUCCCGCUCUCUCGAGAGUUGGCGCUGGAGCUGGCCUCGCUGAUGUCGCAGAUCGACAUGGGCGACUACACGCACGAGAAGUCGCGCGACGUGGGCCUCAAGGCGCUGGACAAGUUCUAUCCGUAUCGCUAUCGGGACGCACUUGGCGCCGAUCAGCUCAAGGAUGUGCAGGAGCUGCUCAUAUCCAAGUGGACGCUGCUCAAGGGUCGCUCGACGCUGGACUGCGUGCGCAUCUAUUUGACCUGCUGUCGCAAAUGGCCCUACUUCGGGGCCUGCCUGUUCCAGGCCAAGCCGCGACAGUCCGAGCCACACGCAACCACCGGCACGCCCGUUGCCUGGCUGGCCGUCGCCGAGGAUGCGCUCAAUGUGCUCGAGCUGUCGACGAUGGCGCCCGUGGCGCGUUAUCCCUACAGCACGGUGAUGACCUUUGGUGGCUGCCAGGAUGACUUUAUGCUAGUCGUUUCGCACGACGACGGCACCCUGGCCGGCGGCUGCGAGCAGAAGCUGCUCUUUGCCAUGAGCAAGCCGAAGAUCUUGGAGAUUACGCUGCUCAUUGCGGACUACAUGAAUGCGCUGGGGCACACAGUGCCAGGCACACCGCAAAUGAAUUCGCUCACCCGCAACGGAUCGCACCGUUCGCUGCGCACCUCGCAGCGGCCAGGCGUCGGUGUUGGCGGUGGCAUUGGUGGUGUUGUGGGUCUCACUGCUGUCGGCGCAGCUGGCAGCAUUACAGGCUUCUCUACAAAUGCAACCACAACGGCCCACAACACGCUCAACUCGCAUGCGACCCACACGCUGAACUCCACGCACUCGCACACGCUUAGCAGCUCGCACCACGCGGGUGGUGCUGGUGGUGUCGGCACCGGUGGAGGCAGCCACCAGGGCACGCUCAACUCGCAGUCGGGCGGCCAUCACCAGCAUCAUCAUCAUCAUCCGCAUCAGCCAGAUAUACUAAAGAGCACGCCGGAUCAUCAGCGCAUCAAGUGAGCCACAGCCGGGGGCGGGGCGAGGGCGUGUACAAGAACGCAUAAAUAAUACACGCAACCAUAUGCAUCUAUAAAUAGGUAUUCAUAUGUAUCUAGGCAACGCGGAGUCCGUGCCAGCAACUGUACUUUGCGCGCUUCUCAACACUAAACAAAAACGUUCUUUCCUAAGCUAAGCUAAUAACGGUACUCGUACUCUAAAAGCCCAUACAAGCGUAUAUUGUAAACAUUUUUUUUUAAUAGUCUAAGUCGUACCCACGUUAGGUACAAGCAUA